UUGAAGUUUUCUUAAAAAUUGCCACGAACUUUCUGGACAACCUAAUAUUUCAACACGACUACAUAAAAUAAUCGAGUGCAACUCGCGAAAGAAACUUUCGGGACAACCUAAUAAUUUUAAUCUAAAUUUAAAAUCGACUGUAAAUUCCCUAGGGGUUGCUCCUCGAAAAAUCGCUGUCGUUGCAACCAUACUUCUUUGCGGCAAGAGCGUACGAGGCUACAAAGCACGUUUCGUAGAAAUUUGGCCGCUUUCAUCGCGAAAUAUCCAACACGAAUUAAACAGACAAAAAAAAAAGAAGAAGAAGUCCUUGAACCAGAGAUGGCAUCGCAUUUCGUCCGGUAUUUACCAUUCGACAAUGGAUUUUUCUCAUCGAUCAGUAGCCCGGAAAGACUUCACAAACGGAAACAUUUCCCCCAGGAUGAAUUUAAGGGACGACCUUGUUACCAUUUACUGGUACGCUCGGCUGACCUCGAUCAAGCUUUCGCUCGCGUCUAAGGAAGAUUGAAAAGGAAACGAAGCGAAGUAGCCGUAGAAAACGACAACUCAUGCGCGUCGCGGCUGAUCGCGGUCUCGUGCAUUGCACGGUGGCGUGAAACAAACACUACGAGACGUCCCGUUAGCGAAACAGAGGCGGUAGGACAGGAAGAAUAGCCACCAAGAGUAAAGAAACGGACAGUAGGGGACGGUGGGGGGGCUACAGAACACGGAAGAAAACGCCAGAAAGGGAGAGGAGUCGAUAAGAUACAAAGUGUACCGAGCAAAUAAGCCGGAACGGGGCCAACGCUGAAAAUAUCGAACCUGGAUCGAAAGGACGAAGAAGAGGGAAGAAAAGGACGGAGAAGAUCGAAGUAAAAGGAAUCGUGACACGGACGCGCGUGCAACAGGCGAUUUCCAAAGCGAUCUAUCUUACCAGUCAGAAGAUGAAGACGGAGGUAACGAAGCAGUGGCGAGGAGCAGCAUAGGCAGACCAGGCGGAGGCAGGGAAAGAGGAAUAAGGAGCGAGUGGGAAAGAAGAGAAAGAAAAGGGGUAGGACAAAGGGAGAUAAGCGAAAGUGUACAGGAAACAGCCGAAACACCGUGGAGUACGAGGAGGACGAUAGAGAAACGCUAGCUGGACGAUAAGUUAUCGAAAUGCGAAAGAAAUUGGAUCUAAAGGCCGACAAAAUAGAAACCGUGCAGAUGUAUUGCGAAGCAAAGAAGAUCUAGAAGAAGAGAAAGGAACGCGAGAGGGAAGACAGGCGAAGCAAAGUAUCCGUCACGGAGAAAAAGCGAACCUGUGCGAUCCAAAUAAAGAUAGAAAGGUAACGAAUCCUGUGUAUCGAACAUCAAACGUAGACCAGGCUGAACGAGAGAAACAGGAUACGAACCAAUAAAAUCGUUUUAGGUUUCGUUUAAAAGUUGCAAAAUUUGAUGAAAAAUUGCGCACACUUCUUAAAUAGAGCAAUUGAUGAAGCAGUAAUCGAAGGAAACGCGAGGAAAAUCGAAUUGGAGAGAUAGUAAGGAUAGAGGAAAGGGGGAAGAAAGAUAAGCAAAGGUCGCAAAGAACCAGAUGAAACAUUUCGCGGCACGAGAAGUACGAGAGAACAAAGAAGAAACAGCAGCUCAGUGUCGAAUCUUUGGAAUCCAUCCUUUUCGCACCAGGUGCUUAUCCGUAGGCUCUUUAAUCUCCAUUGCCUACCUACCGGGGGCUGUUAAUUGCGUCUUUGCUUGUCAACCAUCGUACUCGACGCGAGAAAACAGAGCUCUCGACGUAGCCACGGUGCACGCACUUCGACGUAAAGCUCGGAUCACCGCGUAACGAGUUUCGUCGAAAGUUGUGAGAAUUUUCCGAAAAAUCGCGCACACUGUCGAACAUAGGUCGGUAGGUGAAACGUGGAUCGAAGAAAACGCGAGAGAAAUCGGAUCGGAGCACCAGUGAACGGGAACGUGAAGCGUACUGACGCGAAGCGUCGAGGAGAUUCGCGAGGAAGAGGAAAGAGCACGGGAAGGGAAGAAAACCGACGCAAAAGAGGCGUAACGAGGAAAAGAAGGAGGGAAGAGAGAAACGGUGGUUAGCAGGGAAAGAUAGAAAGGUAACGAAGUCGCGGUUCGGAGUAGCAUAGGUAGACCAGGUGGAGACAGAGAAAGAGAAAUAAGGAGAGAGCUCGAGAGAAGAGAGAGAGAGAGAGAGAAAGGGUAGGAGAAAGGGAGAUACAGGAAGGUGGAAAGGAGGAGGGGAAGUAAGGCGAAAGAAGAGAGGGAGAAGAAGAGGCGCGUGGUGGUCGUGGAGGCGCGGUAGUGGACGAGAGCGAGCGAGCAUCCAGAUCUGUCGCGUGCUGCGUCGCUCUGGGAUGGGACGGAACCGGGACGACAUGGUAUGAAGCGGAACGGGACGAGACGAGACGAAACGGGACGAAACGGGACGACGGCUACUACUACAACUACGACGGGAUGGGAUGGAUGCUGCGGGCCCGUGUGAGUAGCGAGUCGAGUCGAUCCACGCGCGUUGGUAUUGGUUUCACUCUCGGCUGCUGCCGGGCCGUGUGAUGGUGUGUCGGUCUGGUGUUCGGUCUCUCUACGAGAGCGAACCGAGGAGCGUGCCCGAACCGAGCCGGAGAAGAGAACCGCGGCACUCGUUCAGUAGUUUCUCGGACGCCGCACCGGCACCAUCCGACCUACCAGAUAACCCCGGAGUGCCCGGACUAUCCCCGACCUCGUAAUAAUAACGACGGACGCCACGAUCGCGACACUGGAUCGCACGUUUCGUCGGAACGCGAAGAAAACGAAAACGGAGCCAGGUGACCGUUCACGAAAUACGGGAAACUAUCGUCGGGAUAGUCUGGAUCUUGGAAAGAUCGUCUCCUCGAGUAUAUCCUGCCCUCCCCCCCGCCCCCCGACGAUCGCGCCACGAGGGAUCCAUCGGCAGCGAUCGAACGUCGAUCCACCACCUUCGAUCGAGCGUUGCGCGGAGGCUCGUCGGUCGUUCGUUCCGCCACACCGUCACCCGUCUUCGCGCGAGUUGGUUGUUUAUCAUCGCGGAGGGAGCAUCGUACGACCUCGCCAGGGUGUUUUCGCGCGGUGACGGAACGUGUCGGAGCACAGUCAGCUAAGCGCCGGUGGUCCGAGCCAGGUUUCGCGAUACGCGAUACACGUCCGCGAGCAGUGGGUGAGAAGUGGUGGCAAGUGAACCACGCGAAUUAUUCUCGCGAAAGAAAUCUCCGCGCGUGAUUACGACCCUCCGCGACUCCGGAAGGAUACGCGCUCCCACGGGCCGGGAAGGGGGGUGGGGAGGGCAGUCAGUGAAAGAGAAACAGUGAUACGGGGACAGAGACAGGGAUAAAGAGAGGAGGUGGUGGCGGUGACUGGGAAGAGAGGGAGAAAGAAAGAGUGAGAGAAACCCGUUAAGGCGGUACGAGUAACGUGUCGGUAGAAGUUCUUGCGAUUGAUAGAGGGACCGAGAGAGAGGAACAGAGCGAGGUCGACGAAGGUAAUCGGUAGCAUCAACCUGCGUGCUUCGACAAGACCGAUUAAAGGCGAGCGAACGACGAUCCUUUCGUCUUCUUUGUCGCUAAUUCCCUUCGUCGAAGGCGUUUCGUCGAUCGUCUCCUAACCGCCGAUCGGAUUCACCCAGGAUCAUUCGCAGUGUAACGAGUACCCUCGGCGAUAUAUCGGACACGGGAAGUCAGGAACGAUUCGGUCGGUCGUUUUCAUUCAGGAUACAUCGAACGUCGCCUCGAUGCUACCACGUAAACCAAUUCCGUGGUUUCCUAUCUUCGCGAACAAGCCGUUCUGACUACCGCGAGCUGGUUCCUUCGACCGUGUCGUUGAUUGCUCCAUCCUACCGCGGAAGAACCGCUGCCACGGCGGUCAGCGAUAAUGCGAGAGUACCGAAAACGCGGUACAAGGACGGUAACAGAGGACCAGUUGCCGCAUCCUCGGUGUUCGGCGAGAAGCUACCAAGCGAGCCUGUGUUCGGCGAAACCGGAGUAACCAUGAGGUGGUCAUCGUAUUCUUCCAUCGUAGACGCGCCUUUUCACUCUUGCGACUGCCACCGCGACCGAACGAAUCGCCGGUGGCUCUGAUCCAGCUGAUCAUCGACGGGUGUACAAGUUCGCCGGACACGGAGGCCGACGUGGAAAAGGAUAGAACGAGCAAAGAUACGAGCGCCAGCGAUAUCGAGAUAAAAGCGAGGAAGCGGCGCGUAGAUAAGAAGGAGGGCUCGGAAAGGAGUGUGGAUGAGACCGUCAUGCCCGCUGAGAUCGACACGGGCGGGCCAAGGGUGCUGCACUGUGAUUACCGUGCCGACUGCCCGAUACCGAUCGUAGCCUCAGCUUCCACCGAGUCUUCCUUGCGCCGCGAUAAUAGAGCCGUUCGAGCCUCCAUCGCGCGACGACUGCCGCGGAUCGAUUCCAACGAAUCGCUCGACGAAGAAGCUACGAAGUCUCGUCGUUGGUCCGUUUUGCCAUCGAGACGAGCAGGAUCGAGAGGAUUCCAAAGAACCGAGCCAAACGUUCCUAGGCUUGCCGAUGCGUCGCAAGCCAUCCGAGAUGAUCGCGAUGACUCUUGCCUGGAACUGCCAGAGUCCAGGCUCCGCGGUGUCGUCGACGAGCACGCGGAGAAUUCAGUGACGAAGCGUUGGCGAUUUCGUGCUUUCGAUCCCUCGAGGAAUCGAUUCCCGAGCGGGAACGACGGGGAACGGGGCUGCUGCUCUAAACGCGAUUUCUCGGCCGAGAACUGGCCGCAGGUCCACGCAGCGGAUUGCGUGCGAAUAGGGAAGGCAUUGUUCUCUAGUCAGUCGAGUGACCGAACCUACGAGAAGCUCGUUCCAGGGAGCGUGCUUCCGUCCUUGGUCGAUGAAACGUGGAAGGAAGUGGACUCGACGAAUUCCUGGAGACGUGAGUCGUGCGUCGCCAAGGUCGCGCCGAGCGUUCGCCAGACCGAGUUUCCUCGUGACGACGGGUCCACGAGGUGUCCCCGGGGAACGAGGAAGAAGAGACGCGAGUGUCCAAACAGCCGUUCGUCGUACAUUCGGUUAGCCUUUCUCCUGUUCCUCGUCGCGUUCGGGCAGUGCGGGCUCCGUAAAUCGAGCGUGUUCAACUGCAGUGCGAGACCGAGUACCGGCGUGUUGAGUGUAUUCGCGAUUGGCACAGUUAUCGGUGCAGUGAGUGCCGCGCCGGUUGAUUUAACGGGCGAUGCCGGCGUGAGGGCCGAACGAUCCGCCAAUUUGUCCCACAUCACCGGCGCUUCCAGGAAAAUACAGAUGUACAUCAAGAAUCGACAUCUACAGAUCCUGCCGGAUGGCACGGUGAACGGAUCCAACGACGACACGUCGGAUUACACGAUAUUUCAAAGAUCGUCGGUGUCCAGAGGUCAGUUGAGGAUCCAAGGUGUCGCGACCUGUCUGUACCUGUGCAUGGAUUCCUGUGGUCUUCUUUAUGGCUCGCGCGAGUACACAGACGACUGCGUGUUCAACGAGACCCUGGAGCAACACAACUACAACACGUACAGUUCGGCGAAAUGGUCCACGACGAAGAAGACGCUUUACCUGGGUCUGAACCGUCGUGGCCAGCCGAGGAGGGUACAGGCCAAGGGUCACAACCUGGGCAGACUGUCCGCCUACGCGAGAGUGUUGACUCAGGUCGCUUCGUCGGAGCGAGUCGAAGCUCUGCAGAGGCGGAUGCUGGGCGCUCAUCACAACGUCCGGCACCGACAUCACAGCCAUCGAGGGGACUUGGUCCAGCAGUCUCUCUGCCCCACUCUUCCUGUCCAGGAAAAGGACGGCAGGGACAAGUUCAGGUGUCGCAAACGAAAGAAGAGGAAGAAGAGGAAACGGCGGUGCAGGCCGGGCGAGAAGCCUGGUCCUCAGUGCCAAAUCACGGAGGAGAGCAACGGGCAUGCGGCCAGGAGCGAGGGUCCGCGCUCGAACGGGACUUCCCCGGAGUCGAAGAGAUCCUGCGAGGGCGCGGCGAGCGAGGAGGUCUGUCGAAGAGAGGCCCUCUCGGUCCCAUCCAAGAAGCGGAAGCUGCGGGUGGAAGAGGCGACCGACGGACCAGCCGGCGGCCGGAACGUCACCGCGAGCAACGGUAAGAGCAAACCACCAGCGUCAAAUGCAAAAAAAGUAAGCGCCGCUGGCAGCAUGAGUCAGAGUAAAAAGCCUAAUUUGACGGACGGGAAGAAGAAAAAGAAGAAGGGCCCGCCAGCGAGGAGGAAGCCAGCGGUGACUCUGGGCCGCAAGAGGUUCACGCCUGGCGGAACGGGCAACACGUCUGCGGCGCGCACGGCAACUUCCGCACCGACCUACGCAACGUCAUCCUCCUCUUGGUGGUCUCCUGGUGCGUCAACCGUCCCUUCAGGGAGAGGAACCUCGCCUAGGCGCAGAACCAAACCGACCUCCCCCGCGAACAACGAGCCCGGCGUCUCGAAAGCUUUCGCGAGAAAUCGUACGAAGACGACGACGACGCCCGACCUAACUACCCAAUCUGCGACCCCAAAAGUUCCUGAGACCGUUUCCGAUCGAUCCUUCCGAAGCUCGAGCCGCUCCUCCACGGAAUCGAUCGCGGAGGACGCCUCCAAGUCGUCGAUCGAGUCCUUAUCAAACGACGAAAAUCCGUCUUCGACGGUAUCGAACGAACCCGCUACGUUAGAGUCGAUCUUGGCCACCUCGAUCGAAACCACUGGCACGCCGACCAAGUUCAGGUUGCCGGAAGACGAGUCCAGAUCGCUCGAGGAUCACGACAAUCCAGACGACAGGCUCGACACGCCGGAAACUAUACAGUCGACCACUCCGGAGAUUUCGCUCGAGAGUUUGGCCAUGUGAGGCGCCCGUUCGCUUUCGGCACGACCGAUCGUGUCCACGGGAAUCAUUGUAAACUUACGUGUACAUAGUAUUCAUACUACGUUACGAUUUACGACAUACUUCACAUUCAUGUACGACGAUCGCGUGCGCAUCGCGCGUGCUCCGGGGAAUUUCCGGUGCUCGAACUGCCGGUGCUACGGGAAUUGGAAAAGUCAAGAUCGAUGUGAUUUAUUUCUAGGCUUUUUCGGAUUGAUGUUAUUUUAUCUCCACGUAUUUAGAUGUUUAGAGAUGGUGAUUAUAAUAGCUCGCGAACCGAGAUGUUCUAUUUAGUUGCGAGACGUUGAAUGGUCAAACAUAGUCACUGUACUGUAAUAAUUCGCGAACCGAGGUGUUUUUCAUGUUACAUUUGAUAAUUCUUUUUAAUUUGAAGAGAAUAUAUUUGUUGGGUACAGACUUAUGGGUCAUAUAACUGGGUAGAUGCAGAAGAUACACACUCGUGCAAAAAAAAUAUUUGUCUUCUUGCUCUAUCAAAAAUUCAUUUAAUCACAAUUAUCGAGACAGUUGUUUCGAAACACUAAAAGAAACUUUCUUUUUCGUUUAAUUUAAAACUCUGUAUUGAAAAGUGACGUGCAUGGGUUUGUAACCUCAAGUUAAACUCGUCGGUCAACUGUAGGAUUUCUUCGCUAUCGUAGUAACAAACUGUCUUCACUAUCAGAAUCUGGAACGAGAAUAUCAAUAUUCGAAUUCGUUGAAUACAACGACUAUCGAACAAAAGUAAAGAAUUGCAACUGUACGUCGCGAAAAUGGGAUGGCAGUUCUCGGCGAGAUCAAUAUUUAGUCUUGACUAAAACAAAGCAAAAAUCAUCCACCAAACUACUAGUACUACUCGAACAGAUCGGAAAAAGAGUUUCCAAUGUUCGCGAACAAAGAGAAGUCAUCUAGACAUCGUCUAAACAUCUCCGGCUAACGAUCGAUCUUGAUUCCUACCGAUUCCCGAGCCACUUUUCCAAUAAUCGUCGCAAAAAGACGCGGUCCGUGUCGACGGAAGGAGGCUGGGUACGUGGAACAGCCCGUUUGGCCCUGGGAUGGUACGUCACGAAAAUGCGUGUCGACUGAGACGACUCUCUUUCUUCCCUCUCUCGCUCUCAGCCCCUCGUUACUCCGAGAGACGUAAUUAUGCACGGGAAGAGACGGGUUGUAUCAAACGGCGGGGCCGCGUAACGAGCACGUAACUCGCGUUUAAUCUUCGAGCAGGUCCCUGUCGCGGUGCAAAGAGCUGAGGCCGCGUUCCGGGACCGUUCGCGAGUGUAGCGAAUGAGCUAAUUACGAGAGGGGCCAACCGAACGCGAUUCGCGCCGGGUAUUUUCUUAAUGGCGAUUGCCCUGGUAAUACUUGUAAUCCGAUGGAAACGAAUGAAUUUGUCGGCCGCUCGCGAUCAGCCGCUACCAUGGAUACCAUUUCCGUUUCAGGGUAUAAACACGGACGAACUCGAUUCUUCUGGCUCACGCAACCACGGGCGACUGGGUGUUUGCGAGCGACAGCGUGUGCCAUUGAUGGCGGUUACAGCAACGGAGAUGUAACGUCGAAUGCUUAAUUAUUUCAAGGUCCGAAUAAAUCCGUGGUGUGAUCGUCGUUCGCGAGUAGCUAAUUGCUCGUGACUGAUCUAACGUAUAGAACGGUAUGGGCAACUGAAGGCUCGCGAGCAGCGGCAAGAUAUUACAGAUUUAUUUAUAAAAAUAAAAACAGACGAAUCCUUUGGUUGUUCUGAUGCAAACGACGCUGAAGUACUUGUGGGGAAGAGACGAAGGAUUCUUUUGUUUUUAUUCUUACGAAUAAAUCUGGAACUUUUCUUCUUUAUUUGGAAUAAAAAUUGCCCAACUUUGGAACACGGUCAAUUAUCGGUACCUUUGCCGCACAGCUUGCUAUUCAAUACGUAUUUCGAUACCUGUUUGAUAUCUCAACGCAAGACUUCUUAGAAACCCAAAGUGGCCCAGACCACUUGCCUCUUAGUGGUUCUUCCAUCCGAUCAGUGGUCCACGGUAUAUUAAUCCCUUCAGAUUCGAUGCACAUCGCGAUGCGCAUCGAAUUCCCAAAAUCACCGAAACCUUACAUCUUACUUUCGGUGUAGAUUGUAAAACGUUGCGCGUUGGCAUAUUCAAAACAAAACGAACAGUAUUAUCUUUCCGAGACUUUACUGUGUUUCUCUAUUGUAGAGAAUUUCAUAUAAAAUGUCAAUAGUUUAUAGCGGCAAUAUUUAUUUGUAGUUUUCAAAUAAAUUGGAUCCGAAGAGAUCGAAAUAAAACUGUUUUGUGUAAUACGUAAUAUCUUAGGAACGAAGGCAAAAUUAACCGAUUAAUUUAAUUAAACGAAACUCAUUAGUAAGUCCCAUCUAGUUGAUCCUGGUUGAACUAGGCAACAGUAAUAAUUUCUGGUGCAUAGUUUACUGGUACUAUAUUAUUUAUAAAGAGCCUGAAUUUUGUUUUUUAUAUAAAAAAAAAAAAUAAACUUCGUAGGUAUAGCUUUCUUACCAGGAAAUUGGCUUGAUAUUAUUACAUUUUGAAACAAAAAUGAUCACAGUCUUUUUUUUUUUCCAUCCAGAUUUAAAAUUGUUGAAGUUCGAUGGGUGCUAAGCUAAUACCAGAAAAGUUGUGUAAAGACAUUGGCAGCUUCUUCGGAGUCGUGCUCGCGUCUCGUCCCACCAACCAGGGCUGAUUCUCUCCCGUCGACACCCAGUACGAUCUUCCCUUCCGGCGACAGGGAACACCUUGUACAUUAUUCGACGAAAACCUGUCCUAAUUAGCGCGGCGAGCGUUUCACGAGUAAGAGAAGCAACGAUAGUAUUUUAGCGAGCGCGAGGAGCAACGAGAAACGAGACAAUACGCGACUUCGAGACGCGAGGAUGGAGCCAGAGAUGGGCAAAAUUUCUUCCACUUCUCGUAAUUUCUUUAUUCUUUAUUUAGACACCGCGUAGCGAUUUUUAAUCAACGUUUAACAGUAAUUAAACAAGCGUCGAGGCAGCGACGAUGUCUGCCGGUUUUAUCAAAGUGAAACAUAUAAGUGAUACAAUUAACAGCGCAUGGUUCGAGUCUUUCGGACGCACGAUUGUUAAAGUGAAAUAUAAUUUAAAUUUAUAAUUUAAAAUUGUAAUUUUCAGUGGACGAAUAACGAAAUUAAAACCUUCCAUUCGAUAUUUGUAUUUGGACAAGAAAUUUACUCAACUCUGGAUGGAUCACACAGGUGAGACUAGAUCGACGAAACAGACGCCACGGAGGCUUGUCGGCAGAGAUAGGCAAAAUUUGUUUUUUCGAAUAAUAAACAAAGAAUAAAGACACAGAUACCAUGCGAGAAGUUACGCAGACGAAUUUCUGCUCUUUUACAACGAAAUGCGAUACAAUGACGUUCUACUAUUCAGAUUCUAAUUUUAAUUCAACAAAUAACGAAUCAAAAGUUCUCCAUCGUUGCAUUCGUUACUUGAAAUUCGAGUCCAAAUAAGAAUUUUUCCCGUCUCUGCUCGUAGGUAGCAUCGACUCGACGAUGAGUUGGUCGCGGCGGCGAUUAGAAUAGAAGAAAAUCAGGAUACCGAUAAACGUUCUUCUCUCUUCGACUUAAAUUAAUUAGCAGAAUUAACGGCGAUGUCCGAAGACGUAUCGCGAGGACGUUCCUUUUAGGGUAAAGACGAGGAAAGCUGUUAAGUUUAAAAGCGGCGUUGCUCGCCGGGCAACUGCUCGCUGGGAAUGCGAAAUUGUGUUCUUCUUCGUCGUUGUAAUUUAAUGCGAGAACGUGAAAUGAUCACUCGUGUGAUUUUAGACUGUCGUGCGAAACAGCAAGUAUUCUCGAACGAAGCAAUUACGGAUAGGAGAGAUACGAAUAACUGCUCGAGUAAGCAAAUUGAGAAGGAAAUUAAAUCCCGAACGGGGAAACGAUUUAAUGAUUCGUACGGUUCUUGUGGAAAGAUCCAAAGUAUUAAAUUACUAAGAAGAGUAUUACGCUGUUAGAGAUAUUUACUCGUAAAAUUAACGUUAAGGAUAAAUUGUAUUCUAUCGACGGCGAUGCCUGACUGUCAGAAAUUUGUAACUCUAUAAUAAGAUCGAUCGAUAGACUUUCACGAAAAAUAAUUCAUCUUGCCGCUACGCGGACGUUGCGAGACGCGGACACGAUUAUUGUGUUCAUUUAUCACUGAUGUCGGUCGAAUGAAACCGUUGUAUCGUUUAUCGCCUGGCCUGCGAGAAUACGAAAUACAGACGCAUUGCCUCCGAACUACUGUAAUCAUCCGCAACAGUGUGUUCAAGUUUUCGAAAUUUCUUGCUUUUCACCCUUUCCGGCUCGACUGAUUCAUUAAACUGAUAUUUUAAGCCAAUCACGAUAUUCGCGCAUAUUUACAUUUAUGUCGGAUCUGAGCAAAUCUGAUUUGAAAUUAAAAUAAAACAUAACUGUUCGAUAUAAGUAAUAAAGGCAAUAUUCUUGACAAGUGGGUUAAAUAUCAACGAAAUAUACUUGUUAUGCUAAUUUCCUCCUUUGUUUGAAUCAGUGUCAUUUUAUUAAAAAUAUCUUCCAAUUGCAUCUAUAUAAUCGCACUUAUUUGUAAUUUUGGAUCAUCACAGUUCUAGAUACGUUCAUUAUUUGCAAGAGUAUUGUAUUAUUUCGUUAUCGCAAAAACAGAAAUAUUCUAAGAAUAAAAUAACUGUGAAGUAAGAUAACGUGCUAUUUGUAAUAAUAUUUUAAGUAACGUUGUUUUAGAAGAGCCAAAUUCUACUGUUCUUCGACAGAUUUUCGAUUUGUCAAAAAUUGCUUUAAAAAGAAAUUGAUCCCGUUCGUAAAUUAUUUAUUGCCCGAGGCACGAUUAACAUUGCAAAGGAUAUCAGUGAUUAAAGAUAUCCGUAGGUAGAUACCUCGCAACCUCGACGAAGCUUCGAGAAAAAGAAACGGCACCGACGUGGUAUUUUUAUGAAUUUUCAAAGAAGAGAUACUAUUAGCGAUUGAAAAAAUCUUAGCGUACGCGACGAAAUAUACUGCGAUUCCGAGAAUGUUCAUCGUCUAGAGCCUCGCUCGAUGAUCUAGUUGCAUUUUAUACUUUUCACAGAACGCCAAGGAUUUGUAAAGUACAGUAGGAACCAGUCGUAACCAGAGAUGGGCAACGUUUCGUUCGAAUAACGGAUGAACGAACCCGCCACGCAGCGAUUAAUUCGAGCCAUUUAUUCAAUCGAACGAUUCAAUUUUUAUUCCAGCAUUGCGAAAUAUUUCCCUUGUACAAUUAAAAUUCUAACUUCUGUCGUAAAAGUAGCGGAUAAAAAUUUGUUCAUCUCUCAUUUGUUAUAAAGAGAAGAAUUUUGCCCAGCUCUGGCCGUUAACAUCUCCGAGAGAUUCUGCCAUGCGUCUCCUUGAAUCUCGAUUAAGAUUCUCGCGAUUAAGGGAGGGAAAUGUCCGCCAUCGAAUGAUCUUGACCUCGCUACGAAUCUUUGUAGGAACGAUCUAUUAAUCUAGUAGUAUAUUUAUUAAAGACUUAUUUAUUGUAAACAGUUGACUCCGUGUACAUACGUGUCUCUACGAUCAUUACUUGUCAAUCACGCGCAUCGAUCAUGUGUUCUUCGUAUGUUGUGUCUUGUCCUUCGGACGUGCGGAUUCGUCGAAAUAAACUAAUCGCGUUCGUAGUAAAUUUUCGCUAUCGUACAAUCGAGGAGCGUGGGCAACCGGUCGAUUGCGGAAAUCGUACGAAUUGUCUGCGAGAAAUUUGCGAGUGGUGGCCAGCGAGAAACAGGAUUGCAAAGACAGAAGCUCGUUAGCAGUACCGACUACGAUGCCUCGAAGCACUGAUGUAAUUUAAUGUUUAAAUUGUAAACUAAUAAUAACGCUGAAAAGUGACUAGUUAAAUUAUGAUUAUGACGUGGUAAAACAGCUCGUUUUUCUUUAUUAACCCUUCAACCGACAGUUAUCGACACGUUCCGUGCCGUACCGAUUGUUGGUUGCUUUCCAUCCAAGCUGUGUGGGCCGUACACCCACGCAAUCAUGAUUGAUAGUUUUGCUUUCGACAUGUACCUUAUAGUAUUCACAAAACCAUAAUCAACGAGACAAAGGUCUAGAGUUAAAAGUGCAUUGCAGAAAAACCGAAUAAAUGUGAUUAUAAAAAAUUAUUUAAAGAAGUAUGUAGUUGAACGCUUACUUUUCCACGCUAGUCAAAUACUCUUACAUAAUAUAUCAGGCGUAGAAAUUAAUUCUGUGCCUUUACAGUCGUAUAUUUAACUGUGUAUUAUUUAUUCCUAUAACUGUAGCGAGUAAAAAUAUUUAUUCUUUAUUUUGUUACGAUAGAUUAUCAACCUUCCGAGUCCUCAACCUAAUCUCUGUUACUAAAAUUUCUGUAAUAAUUUGUUUCGUUAGGUGAGAAUAUCUUAUGAAAACGAUUCAAACAUGAAAUUCUAUGAAACGUGUAUUCCUAAUUAAUAAUUCGUACAUUCUUAGUAAUCAAUUUUUGAAAGAUAAAAUAUAGAAGAAUACAAUUGCCAAGUCAAUGAAUUCAUCUGCAAUCACUACGAAUAAUUAUAUUUUCUUUAUUUAAGAUUUGAUUUAGUAGUAUCGCUACUAGUACAGUGUCAACGACAGGUGCUGUUGCUUUGCACAGAACACUCUAGGGACAUUGCGGACUCGGCCCAGGUAUUCCACGUUCAUCAACGAGGAAGCAUUUUUUCCCAAGCGUUGCACCACAGUUAUGCAACCCAAUGAUAGUCGGUGACAAACUACGCUAUUACUUCCGCCGGAACUGAAAUUGGACCGCUUUGCUCGCAACUAACAAAGCCACUUAAAUUCCCAUUUCCAGAUGAUAACGCGCCAUGGCAGCUUAUGUUUCGGUUUCGUUUAACCAGAGACGAGGAAAAUUCCUAUGUAAACAAAAACCUCGAACAUCGGAUGAGAGGUGAACUACUUUUUAUCUGCUAUUCUUAGAAUAAACUAGGAACUUAAAUUAGAAUUUAAAUUAUAGGAAUAAUUAUGCAAAUAAUUCUAUGUAUUUCGUUAUGUAGACAAUUUUUAAGCUAUU